AUGCAUCUUUUUGGACGGCAGCCGCUUGCGGUCCUGCUCUCGCUGAGUACUGUGGUGGCCGGGUUUGCGAACCUCCAUAAUGGUCACGCCGGUCUGCACAAGCGCUGCCCGUAUGCGCAGGCGCAGGAGGAUGACGCUGUAGCGCAUGACAAGCGCUUUCUCUUCGAUCUUAUGAAAGACCCUGUUGAUAUCACCGGCGAACACGAAUUCCACCCUCCGCAGAAGGGCGACCAGCGCGGCCCUUGCCCCGGUCUCAAUGCCCUGGCCAACCAUGGCUACAUCCCCCGCAGCGGGGUGGUGUCGUUUGGCGAAGUCAUUAUUGCCGUGAACAAAGUCUUCGGUAUGGGAGUCGACCUGGUGACGAUUCUGGCGAUCAUGGGUGUCGUCUGGACCGGAAACCCGCUGUCUCUGGACCCCAGCUUCUCCAUCGGUGGUCAUGACACCGGCGUGAACAAUCUACUCGGCAACUUAGGAGGACUUUUGGGCGAACCCCGAGGCCUGAUCGGCUCUCACAACUUCAUCGAAUCCGACUCCUCCAACACCCGCGACGAUCUCUACGUGACGGGCAACAGCUGGACCCUGAACAUGGACAAGUUCAUGUCCUGGUACAACAUGUCCACGGACGGUACCUUCCCCAUGGACCUGAUGUCGGAUCGCGCGGCCAACCGCUUCGAGGAAACCAAGAUGACGAACCCCAAUUUUUACUACGGCCCGGUGACCGGCCUGAUCGCGCGCAACGCUGGAUAUAUCUUCCCCGCGCGACUCUUCCGAAACCAUUCGCGUGAGGAGCCGGAGGGUGUUUUGACCAAGGAGCACGUCCGCAACUUCUUCGCCAUCUAUGGCGAGGAAGACAACCUCGAGUACCGUGAGGGAUGGGAGCGCAUCCCCGAGAACUGGUACAAGACGCCCGUGGAUUUCGGCCUGGUCGAGCUGAACCUCAUUCUCAUCGACUGGCUGGCCAAGCACCCCGAACUGGCAAGCAUUGGCGGCAACACCGGCGAAGUUGACAGCUUCACCGGCGUCGACACGUCCGACCUCACAGGCGGCAUCUUCAACCUCACCAACCUCCUCGAGGACAACAACCUGCUGUGCUUUGUAGCCCAGGUCCUCAAGUUCGCCAGUCCCAAUGCGCUCUCCGGUAUCUACAAGACACUGGCUGAGCCGUUGGAAUGGGUCACCCAGAAAUUGAGCGUGCCGCUCUUGGACCUCACCUGCCCCGCGUUUAAGGACCUGCAGGUCGGCGGCCGGCCGUUCUGGGAUGCCAUCCAGAAUGACUUCCCGGGGGCCAUGAAGAGUAAAACCUCUCUGUAA